AUGGGCGCGGUGCCGCGCUUUGCAACGAGCUACUACAUUGUGAAUACGCUGCUUGUGGGAUCAUACGUUUUAGUGCGCCUAUGGUUUGCCAAGUCGGACCCUGACACCCGGCGCGGGCAGAUCAAGACGGACGAGCAGCUGCUGUCCUGGGAGAAGCAGGCGGCCCUGGCGCUGGCCGCAGUCCUCGCCUUCAGGCUGUGGCGUCGCCGUUCGGCCGACCACGCCGCCAGCGAUGCAUUCUUCUACAGCAAGGCAAGCAAGGGGGCUGUGCUGGGCAUGAUGGCCUUCAUGAUCGACUUCCGCCUGCUGGCAUGGUACUGUCUGGCAUUCUGGGGCGCAUACGCCCUGCUGCCGCAGCCCAUGAUAGACCUGGCAGAGUCAGGUGACGUGGCGUCCCUCACGCCGACGACCCUAAAGGAGGCGAGCCUCUCCAACGACUACGCCACGAUGGUGUUCUUCUACUCGGCGGUCCACAGCACCUCGGUCGCAGCUGCGCCCUCCUUCCUCCAAGUCGCCAGCGAAUUCUCAUCCGGCAAGCUGCGCUUUGGGGCCUUUGACGUCAGCAUCUGGCCCCGUGCGGCGGCCGAGGUGCGCAUGACCUGCAACACCUGGUCAAAUCAGCUGCCAGCGGUGGUUCUGUACGAGAAGGGCAAGGAGUGGGGCCGCCUGCCCCCCGUCGGUUCAGACCCUUCCAAGAGAAAUUACUACAGGACGGGCGACAUCAUCAGGCUCUUCAAGCUGGCUGAGCGCUUCAACCGCCCGCUGGACGUAUCAGGGAGCAAGCGGCACUAG